AGAUAGCAUCACACCCUCGUCAUUUUUGAUGAUGAUACAAUAGAGAAGUGGUUAAUGGAGCGUGCAGCAAAUGGUAGCGACGAGUCUGAGAAGGUUGAUGUCGCCGCCAUGGUGGCAAACAUGGGUGACACCAAUCAAGGAGGAUACAAGAACAAGAAGAGGUUAGCAGUUGCUGGGCAGUCUUGGAUGCUGAAGUUCGCCACAAGGGGAAGGUUUGAUGGUCUGUGGUGGGACUUCCUGUUGGAUUUGGAUCUGUUUCGAGCAGAGUUUCGCACUCAAGAAACAGAAUUGAACUCCAGAUCCCGCAGCAAUAGCGAUAACGAUGGCAGCGAUGAAACAACGAUAGCGAUUGCGCAGCGAUGGCGCACUGGUGGAGAGCGAUGGCGCAGCGAUGGAACAGCGAUAGCGAUAGCGAUGGCAGCGAUAGCGAAGGCACACCGAUUGAGAGAUGGCGCAGCGAUGGCGAUUGUCAGCGAUGCGAUGGUCAAGCGAGCUUUGCGUUGCGAUGGCGAUGAGCUAAGCGCAUCGAUGGAGAUGGUGCAUGGCGAGCAUGCUGGGGGAGCGGUCAACGUUGUUCUUCUCGGUACCGUCGUCUCGUGCACGAAGAUUCCUGGAGGCUUGCUCAAGCUGCACACUAACGGCUUGUACGACGAGUGCAGACUGCCUAUCAGAGGUGUUCAAGGUGUGAUAGUGACGAUCAAGCGUUUCGCAGGGUCGGUACUCCAAAACUUAUCAAGGUCCGCUGCGGCGCCGACACGUAUUCGCUUCGAGAUGAGACGAGAAGAGAUUCAAGCUGAAGGGAUGGGCGCUGUCCGCGGAAGCUCUGGCGGGGAGCAGACUCCUUCGGAGAAGAAGAGCGAGCGACAGAGGAUGGUACGAGAGGAGGUGGCGGAAGGAACCCUCCGCAUGAAGAGGAUGAGAGGAAAAUCGAAGGAGGUGAAGGGCGGGGAUGGAGGUGGCGACAGAGAACAUGCCUCGGCAAGGAGGCCGACGAAGGAAGAGGGUGGGACGGCAAGUAAGAAAGCGAGGAGGCCCGGCGGUUUGACCAUCCCCGAAGGACAAGCCGCGGGUGGAGGAGAUUCGACUGAUCCAGGCGCUGCGGCCUCUAAAGAACCUUCGGGGGAAUCGAAACGGAAACGGAACGAUGGCGGUGAGGACUGCGACGAAGCAGCAGCGUUCUGGCUCGAAUACGAGCGGAACGACCCCAGGAAGCUCUGCGACAUCCCGUCUUGGGAAAGAUAUUACAACCACCGCGGUCUAAAUCGCGAAACUGUGGACGACAUCAAGGCUGCGAUGCUGCGUCGAUUCCCCGAGAAAAGGGGCAAGAUCUGGACAAAAAACCCUUUGGUUUCGACACCCAUCUACAAGUCGGUGGAGCGUAGGCCGGAGCAAGAUGAAAGGGUUCACAAAGAUGUCUUCAAGCAAGAGGACAAGGACAAGUACUACUAUUACCCUGUUAACGGACAACACACCGUGGCUGUUGUGGAGGAGUUGGAGGUGAUCGCAGAAGGCCGCGUUCUUGGACAUGCGGGAGGCAUGGGAGAAAGAAGGAAGGUCGAUGGCCAUUCAAGGGAACCCUUCCGGCAAGGAGGGCGAAAACAAAAGUUUUUCGAUUUCCAAAAGCUGAUUUUGGGAAUGAGUCCGAACGAAGCUUACUGGUCGUUGGCAGAAAAAGAUCAAUCGCUCGCCGACAAGGAAUAUGUCGCUGCCUUUGGCAAUGCAUUGAGGAAGUGGAUGCCGCUCGUGACGGCCGGUGAUGACGUUUUUCGCAAAGCCAUGGAGUUCUACACGAAAUGGCCAGAGGGGAAGUUGUCGGGCGGCGACGGCAAGACGCCAUUGUCGAGGCCGGGCAAAUACAUGCCAGACAAAUCUUCGGGUUUGCAAGCAAUUCCGGAAAUGGGCUCGAAAGGGGCUACUUGUGAAACGAAGAUGGGGUGGCUUGUCCGGGUACCUCCGCCUUCUACCAAAAAGAAAACGCAAGCGGACGACAAGUUUUUCGUGGUCGUGAAGGAGCCAGAUAUGUUCUAUUGGCAGUGUCUUGCUGACAUGAUCGAUGUCGAGAAACUGUCGAUCCUUGACGACAUUCUCGCGCUAAGAGGAGUGUUCGUGCAAUCCGCGGGCGGCCAUAUGAAGCGUCAGCAUAAACCUGGAAUUAAAGACAUGGUCGAGACGAGGAAAGUGGACCGUGUGAUGCUCCGUAUGUUCCACUACAUCUUGUUCCUUGAAACAGAGGAGAACGAGCGUGUUUGGUGCCACGGGAGCCCAUUUUUUCGGACCGAGGGGAAGCUUCUGGAGGAGUUCGGGCCGCAGGGCCUCACGAAACUGGUAUGGGUUGAAAUGCGAAAGCAUUUCCAGGGCGCGGUGGAGUAUGUGAACACUUGCAAACGUAGUCUUCCGCACGAGAAGAAGUUCAUCGACGACGCAAAGAGAUUGUACGAUGAUGACAGAUUCCCUAAAUCUUUCGAAAAGUCUGUCCGUUCCAUCUUGCGACGGACGGAAGAAGAAGUUCGAGACACGAUCAGGGCCAGCGGGGAUGUGAGGCAUAUCAAAUGGCCCGACCUCAACCGGGUGACCAGACUUAUUCCUUUCGCUUUCCCGCCUUCCCAAGCUCACAGUCAUGUCACUGCGAUCCGUGAGGUUGUGCGACAUUACGUGUGCAACCUGUACGUCCUCAAUUUGUGUGAUCCCACACUCCCCACAGACUGGCGAGAAGACGAUUUCGCCAACUUGCAAGGCCCUCUACAAACACUUUCGCCAACGCACUGGGCACUUGUGAUCUUUUUCCCCUCUCGUUGGGAGCUCAGUUUCUUGAAAGGCAUGACCAUGCUUAGCGCCCAUCACGUCAGAACAGGGAAGUGGUCUGUCUCACACUUCCUGAGAAGGCUGGAGCACAUUUACUUCACGCUGGCCGAACCGCUCACUCUCGAAAACUACAAGUCACAGUUUGACGAGGAGGACCCUUUCGACGUUGAAGACAUGGAGGAGCUGAGCGACUUCGAAACCUUCGAUUUUGAGUCCAUCCCACUUCCUCGGGUGGUUGGACAGCAGAAUGACAAACUCUACUUCUUCGGCAAGCAUCACCGGUUCACGUCGGAGGAUGUCUGGGGACACAACGUCGUCUGGCACCCGAGGAUAUUCCAACCUGCUGUGAGGAAUGGAAGAUGGGUCAUGGCAAUAAAGGAGGCCGAUGGCAAGUGGAGUGGACUGAAGAGACAAGGAGCGGGUGCAUUUAAGGGAAAGGCAAGAACUACUCUGGUGGAGCAUUUGAGUCUCAUGAACCCCAAGAGGAACGAUCAGGACGUCGAUGCGUAUGCAGAACAAAAGCUACAUGAGUUGUACGCCAACAACAUGUUGGAGUUUCGAGCGCCUUUCUACUCACUUAAAACGGCACCGUCUCGUGGCAUUGACUGGCGCAUGCCGCAACCUCCGCCGGCCGGUCAGCAUCCGAGAGGGGGUGGUGGAGGAGACGAAGGAGACGGAGGAAGUGGCGGAGGAAACGACUCACAGUUUGUCGGGAAGGGGACAAGCGAGACAUCGUCGGUUGAGAAGGCGUCCGGCGGAAAGGGGUCGGGCGGGAAGGGGUCGGGCGGAAAGCGUAGAACGUCCGGGAGUCCCCAGUAUAUGGAAACUGACCCCCACUGCGUAGGGAGUCGAGAUUCCGACAUGCGAGACGAGGCCACCCUGACGUCUGAUCAAGUGCGAGUAGAUUCGCACUUGUCUGCGAGGAGUUUGUUUCCCGUUGCCCAGGAGAGUCCAUCCCGCUGUGCGCAGCAGAGGUCUCUUGUGCUCAACACCUUGCUCCUGAAAGAGGGCGCGUCUUCGUUUUGCCUGAAGCGCGGGAUGCUUGCAUUGCGAAGGAGCGAAGUGUUGGAGACCGGGGGUAGCGAGUGUGAACGUCAUGCUUCGGAGGGUGCGUUCGUGGACACUGACAGCGAGAGUGCAGGAGUUCCGGGGGCAACGCAUGCUGUACAGCGGGGAGAGGAGACUCGACACGGGCCGGCUCGUGAAGACGUGAAGUGGCUCCACGCACGAGCGCUGGUGAUCGGGACGUCCGAAGAGGUUCUGCACAGUCGCUCGGCUGUGGCCACGACGCGAGAAGGUGUCGUUAAGGGAGGACAACCCAUGGUUGAAGGCGAUAAGGUGACUGUCGACAUUCGGACGGAUCCACAGCGGAAAGAUAGUGAUUCUUCGUCCACCCGUUGCGGUGAUGAACAGGGUGGUCGAGCGUCUGUCCUGAGCACCGCUCGUGAAAUGGUGCUUCAUGAAGCCAUAGAGUUGGGUGACGACUCAGCUGCCACCGAGCUGGUUAGCGCAUCAGGCGUGGCCGAGAUGCAGAACGUCGAAUACUCCGUGGAAGGCGGUGAGGUGGCCGUCAGCAUCAAGAUGGAUCCAGACCGGAAAGAUCAUGAUUCUCCGUCCACCCGUUGUGGUGCCGAACAGGGUGAUCGACUAUCUGUCCUCAGUACCAGUCAGGAAAUGGUGCUUCAUGAACCCAUCGACUUGCCAAGCGACUCAGCUGCCACCGAGCUGGUUAGCGACACGGCCGUGGCUGAGGUUCAGAACCUCGAAUCGUCCGUGGACGUUGGCGCAGUGGCGCGACAGGAGGAAUAUCUGGAGAAGUGGGAGCUUCACGCCAGCUGGAGUCAGUGGUCGGAGGCAGAGAUUAUAGAGAACUUCCUAUUUAAUGUGGACCCAAGUCUCGGUAGGGAAGUUAAGGAAGCUCGACCGAAGGAUGGGAAAUGGACUACGUACAAGAAGAAUCUCGUUGAACUUUACAAAUUGGAGGACAACAAGUAUUCCAUUAAGGACCUUGAAACAAUCACUCAAGAUGAAGAUGAGAGCGUACAGGCAUUUGGGAUGCGUUUCCAGAAGAUCUCCGACGUGCUGAUGAAGAAGGGGAAGAUCUCAGAGGUCGAGCGUUGUACUAUCUUAAUCGGACACUUGUCCAAAGAURAUCUCGGAGAUGUAUCGAUGUUCCCUUCAAUGAAGAAGAAUGUCGAAGCAAGGAGAAUAAAGACGAGUAAAGGAAUGGAGCCGGUCAGGAGCCAGAGCAUCAAGAUAACCUUUGAGGGGGACAUGGCGACCACACCCAUAAGGGUGGCAGCCACCAAGUCGGCGAGAGGGUCUACAUCGAAGAAAACCGACACGGAUUACGUGAUGGCGGAGAAGGACGGGCAGCGGGUCGAUGGAGAGGAGGUUAUACUUUGGCCGCGAAAGCGGGGAGUCAAGAAACUCUUAAUGAAGAUUUCGCUCGACGAGAUUGACACGGUCGAGCCGCUGAGGCGGGCCCUUCGGCAACCCAUGCAGUGCUUUAUUCUGGAGUACCUGGCGGCAUCGAAGCCAGCUCGUGAUGAGUUACAGAUGAUCACGCGGAAGACUCGCAUACCUCUAUCGGAGGAGGGUCAGGGGGCCCCUAGGGCGGAAGCUUCUACAGUAGCAGUAAUGGGGGUGACUGCCAAAGCGGAUCGCAUGGCGAUAGUCCUUCUCGAUGGAAUGGAAGGUGUGCCUCCAGACAAGUUUUAUAUACUUGGUAGCGGGGCCGUGGAGACGAUUAUAAACGAUGGAGCGGUACUCCAUGCUGUGAUUGAUAACGACAGUGAGGCUGUCAUCAUAGACGAGGACCUGGCGAGGUUUUCGGGACUCGAGCUGCCACAUAGUUCCCUAGAGACGAUAACAGUGAUUAUGAGGACAAGGAGCAGGAGGAGUGGAGGGGGGGGCUGUAUGCUGCCACUCCUGCUGCACAUGAUGCUGAUGAGUGGAGCGACUCAGAGGACAUUAGUGGACGGAGUGGAGGGGAUGACCUAUUCGGUGGAGAUGAUUCGCAAGGCGAGGAGUUAUGGGGUCGUUAUGGGAGCCCUGUUGAGCGAGAGAGGCUUGCGUCCCUGGGCCCCGGGUAGUGCAUGGAUUUUAUCCUUCGAGAGGGCAGUGUCAGCUUAUGGUGGCGGCGUCCCUAGGCAGCGUCCCGAGCAUGUUCGCAAUGGCAUGGCAUCAUCCAUCGUUGUUCCCCUUGCGUCGGAGGAGCUUCAUCAAGGCUCACCUCCCGGGGGCCGACUACUUAGAUUGGUGAAGGGCCCAAGACAACGAUUAGAGAAUAGAUUAGUGUGCGUUCCUUCGCUGGUCGAGGGGGGCGAGAGAGAUAGAGAGGGUCUGACUGGUGGAGAUGGUGGUCUGUUGGAUGGAGGCAGAGGUGGUCCCAAGAUUAAUGAGGCAGUUGACGCAGAAGCUCUUGGGAGGGUUCGUGAUGAGGGGAUGCUGGCGGGCGGUGGCAGAGGUUUCAGUGCGUUUGAGCCGACUGUCCAUAUGGAUCCGCCGACAGAGCAUCGCGAUAGGAUGCAGGGGAAGGCGGCUUUAGUUGAGGUGUCGAGGAUGGGACGGAAUGUGACGGCAGAGCAUGUUCAGCAGGGGUUGCACGAGACGGGAUUCGCACCCCCGAGGACCUCCGUGUGAGGCACUUCCAGGAGCAGUGGGAGGGCAACUGGCAGUGGUGGGACUGUUGUUUCUGAGGAGCAUGUACGGAGUGCUGGUGACUAUCUCUGCCAGGAGAGUGAAGACAUGACCUGGAGCUCUACAGGCGCGGCGCCACCUUUGGGAUUGGGAGUUCCUCUGGUGGCGGUGGGAGCGUUCUGGGUGUAACUGCGGCACUAUACAUGGAGACACUCAUACUGUAGUUACAUCAACUACUCUUAUCCGGGCCUUUUAUUUACCUCAGAUUCGAAAUUCCAUUGC